AUGUGGCAGGAGAUGAAACGGCGGUUUGAUAAUCCACGUUUGUUACUGGAAUCUCACGUGCGGCGUAUACUGAAUUUGCCCAACCAACCCACCGAAUCCCAGAAGGGCUUGCUUCGACUAGUUGACACCGUCCAAAAUGUGAUGCGAGCUUUAAGCGUUAUGGGUCUUCCGGUAAAUCAUUGGGACGCCCUCUUGGUGCCACUUUUGCUACCUAAAUUGCCCAAAAUCACCAGGUAUGAGUGGGGGAUGAGCCUUCAGACGAACAACAUACCAAUGUCUCAGGAUUUUUUGACAUUUAUUGAGAAGCGUGCCAACAAUUUGCCUCAAGGAGCUACGAACAGUACAUCAACUCUUCAUCAGAGACCAACCCGUCCCGUUAAGGCUAACGUUGCAACGGUAAACUCAUCUCAGCCGUUACAUUCAGUGAAAGGGGUUACGGUUUUUUGCCAACUUUGCGCUAACGGACACCGAAUACACAAGUGUCAACGGUUCGUUAAUCUUUCCAUACCGGAACGGUGGGAUACAGUUAAGCGGCUUUCAUUAUGUUUUAACUGCCUUGGAAGUGAUCAUGGAUCUCGUGAUUGUACAUCGCGGGAUUGCUUAAAGUGUCAUCAUCGUCAUCAUACGAUGCUCUGUAAAAGCAACGUUGCGAAUAAUUCACCGGCUACGGAGGAAGACACCAACACUCACAUAAUCGAUCGGAAUAUAUCCGUGGACACACCUUCAACACAGGUGCCACAGGUAUACCCACGACAGCAGUCACUUUUGAGGAAGGUCCGGUCAUUUCUCAUUAAUGGAGACCGGACCAUUUUACUAGCGACUGCGAAGGUCAUCCUGACUGAUCACAAUGGAGGACAAUUCGCGUAUCGUGCUCUCUGCGACCUGGGCUCUCAGGUGAGUCUGAUUACCGAUGCUACUACAAAACGUAUGUGUCUUCGUAGACGUCCAGGGGAGAUACGAAUUGAAGGAGUUGGUUCUAGCGCUGCAGUCUACAGUAAGGGUCAUAUAACAGUACAGAUGCAGGCUGCCUUUGACAACAACAUUAACUUCAAACUCGAGGCUUAUGUCGUCCCGACAAUAACCUCAGUAACGCCAGAUACGCAUAUAGACGCAGAAGCUUGGAGCCAUUUAAAAGAUUUACCACUAGCUGACCCAACGUUUGCCACUCCAAGUCCGGUGGAUCUGCUAGUUGGUGCUGACGUACUAACGGGUCUCUUUCAGGAGGGUUUCAUCCAGGGUUCUCCAGAGCAACUUUGCGCUUUAAACACUCGUCUUGGUUGGGUAGUAUUUGGACCAGUCACAAGUUCUGCUCACUCCACUUUACACACAUCUCUUACUGCGAAAUGCGUCAACGAACAACGACUAGACACGUUACUUAGAAGCUUCUGGGAACUCGAAGAGCCCAUACCAUCAUCCGAAAUACACGUGGAUGACUGUGAGACGAUCUUCAACGACACAGUUACCCGUACCACAGACGGCAGGUACCAGGUGCAAAUUCUAUUUCGACCAGAUGCUCCUGCUAUUGGAGAAUCUCAUCAAUCGGCAGUCCGCCAGUUUCUACAACUCGAGCGGCGGUUGAUGAACGAUCCCUGUCUUCGUGAGCAGUACAUUACAUUUAUGCGCGAAUACAUUGCUCUCGAUCACAUGGAGGUUAGCAAGCAAGCUUUCACCAAUAAAGGAAAUGGUUACUUCAUACCUCAUCAUGCGGUAACCACAAAAUUUCGCGUAGUUUUCAACGUUUCCGCGAAGAUAUCGAAUGGGACAUCCUUAAACGAUACUCAGUUUUCUGGACCACAACUACAUGCCAAUAUUGUCGACAUCCUUCACCGUUUUCGCAAAUGCAAGGUAGCCAUCACUGCAGACAUACAGAAGAUGUUUCGACAAAUCCUGGUAGACAGACGACAUCGUAAAUGGCAACAAAUACUUUGGCGUGAAUUGCCAAAUGAACCUCUUCAAGUGUACGAAUUGAAGACGGUAACUUAUGGAAUGGCUUGUAGUCCAUUCAACGCAAUACGCGCACUGCGUCAAUGUGCGAAUGACAAUUAUGAAGUCAUCUAUGACCCAAGCCGGGCUGCCGCAGCGCGUCAUAGCAUACUUAAUAAUUUCUACGUUGAUGACUUUUUGGAUAGCGUCGACAGUGAUGAACUUUCUAUUACCCGUGCUCAAGAUGUAGCGACUAUUUUGAAACAAGGACAAUUAAUAUUGGGAAAGUGGAAUUCCAAUUUUACACACGUAUUAUCUGCGAUAACCGGUACAACACUUUCUGCAUUCGAACUAGAGUUGAACAACUCAACAACAAAGGUAUUGGGUCUUUACUGGGAUCCAGUUAGCGACGAGCUCUUCUUCAAGGUAGGCUUAGUUGACGACACUUCAAUGCAUACCAAGCGAAAGGUUUUGAGUGACGUGGCGAAAUUAUAUGAUCCAACUGGGGUAUUGGCACCCGUGGUCGUGGUGGCCAAACUAUUCAUACAGGACUUAUGGAAGGCUGGUCUCCCAUGGGACGCUGAACUUCCUCCAGAACUACUCAGUUCAUGAGUCUUAUUCCGCAACAGUUUGCAAGAUAUUACACGACUUCGUAUUCCUCGUUGGCUAGGUAUACGAGUGGGCUCUUUGGUGCAUUUACACGGCUUUUGCGAUGCUAGUCGUAAAGCGUAUGCAGCAGUCAUAUAUGUUCAAACGAUCGAUAAAGGUGGUACAUCACGCACAGCUCUUGUUUCAGCGAAGACGAAGAUAGCACCAAUUAAGGAUGUGACGAUGCCACGCUGUCGAACUGUGUACGUCAAGCCUUUGGCCUACAGGACGCCCCAUGUACAUAUUGGAGUGAUUCCACUAUUGUUUUAUGCUGGAUACGCAAACCACCAUCCACGUUCAAACAAUAUGUAUCCAAUCGGGUAGCUUACAUCCAAGCCAAUUCAGACAUUAACGCUUGGAAGCACAUU